AUGGCCUACCCUUUGGACGCCGGCGGCGGCGGCAAGUGGAAUGGCGACGCGUUCGCAUCGAGCCUUGGUGGCGACUUGCUUACGUUCUCCGUGGCACCGCUCACGCACGUCAUGAAGACAGUUGGCUCGACGCUGCAGCAACACGACACGCUCUUGGACGAGCUCGCAGCAGCGCUGGCCAAGCUGCAGCAGCACCAGCACGAGACAAACCAGACGCUCGUCCAAGUGCAAGCGAACGACCCGAGCGCGAUCCGGGACGAAGUGCUCGAGAUGGUCGACAGCCUCCAGAAGCGCGUCGAGGGCUCCGAAGCCGACAUUGCGCAAGCGUCUGCGCUCACCCACGCGCUUGGUGGGAAAGUCGCGAUCAUUGAAGAACACGGCGCCAAGCUGGACGACGUCGAAGCCACUGUCCAAGAUCUGGCGUCCACAGUCGACCAGAUGUCGGCGCGCAUGAGCGACUUUUUGCUACCAAACGCACUCGAAGGACUCAAAGCCCAGAUUCUAGACGAGCUUCAAGAUCAGAUUCUGGCCCACGUCCGAGCCGAAAUUGGCGCACGAAGAUCGACUUCCACGCUGCCACUACCCUCCUCAGGGUCCGACGACGCGGACGCGCACACCAAAGAUAGUUUAAACGAAGCGGGUGCCAGCUCGAUGGAAGCUACCACUCUUGACGACAUCCCAGACGACGAGAGUGGCAAUGACGACGACGAUGAGAUCGAGGUCGAGGCCGAAACUAAUACCAGCAGUAGCGACGUGCUUCGAGCCAGUGAUGAGAGCGUCAAGACCAGCGAUCCAGCUCCCGUACUGCAAGCGACGCAGGAGCUCGAGUCUUCGGACGUGACCACGACCCUAGCCCCUGCAACGACGACGCGACAUGGAUCACGUCGGUCCACCGGUGGGCGCGCGUCGUUGAAAACGGGGGCAGCAACAAACGAGCUGGGAAAUCAACUCCGGGACCUCAACGCCCGCGUCGCCCGCGCCGAGCGAGAUCGCGAGGAUGUGCUUGAACAAAUGGCGCAGCUGCAGCACGAAUUGCGUGAGGUGAGCGGACGCCCGCCAACGUUUGCAGCGCCAGCGGCUCUCGAGCCCAAAGUACCACCGACCGAGCUCGUCAAUGCAGCGUACGAGACGGCGUUGGAGACGCAGCUGGCCAAGAUUAUGGAGCUAACCAAGCAGCUACAAGCGUUGCAGGACACCGUCUCCGCCAACACCGAGGGCGUGGACGCCAACAAAACAACGAUCAAGGCGACUCAAGACGACUUGCGCAAGCUCCGUCGCCAAGUCGAGGAAUUCCAGGAGACCCAGCAACUCAUGCAAAGCUUUGCGACGGCGCCAUCAUCGUCGACGUCGUCGGGCGAGCCGUCCGGAACGUCGGCCGUCGGUGGCGGCCCGGACCUCUCGAUGGUGUUUUCCAAGCUCGCCGAGAUGCGUCAAGCGCAGGUCGCUGCCUCGGAGGAGUUGCGCGAGGCGCUGGAGACGGUCGCGGAGAAGAGUGCCGACCAAGGCCGGGAGCUGCACAAAUGGACCGAGACCGUGCAGAGACUCGGGGCUGCCAGCGUCGGGCACGUCGACGCCGAGGCGCGAAAACUCAAAGAAACGCUCCAGCGCCAACUGCACCAGCAAGCCGAGCUCAUCACGAGCGUGAACGAAUGGCUACCCCUCGGCCACGACAUCCACCACGAUCUGCACCACCCCGACGGCCGAAGCCCCACGCGUCGCCUCGCCGAGCUGCAAAACCUCGCGCGGCAGUAUCACUUGAUUGCACCGGCGGUCAUGAACCUUGUUGCUGCCCCCGGCGCGCACCAAACAACGCUACUGCGACUGCGCCAUGUGCUUGUGGACGCACCGGACGGCGCCGAAAAGGUCGCGACGUCCGAUCUGCUUCAAGCAGCCACGGCCGAUGUGUCGGCACUCGACAAGGCCAACGAGACGCUACUGCGUGCCUACGACCAGGCGCGCGUCAUGAUUGACGAGCUCUGGAGUGAUUGGUACGACAAGCAGCACAGCGACGCCCGCCAAAAGCAGGACCAGCUCGCAAAAGACAUGGUUGACUUGCGCCAAAUGCAGCAAGUGCUCGCACGUCCUGCGGCUCCGAGCGCCAGCAGCGUGCCCAAGGAUCCGGAGCGCAGGACGAGCCACGUCGCAUUGAGCGUCCUCGACAAUGCAGCGUCGCUGAGCGGGCACAACAGCGAGGCGCUCAAGAAGAUGGAGCAGAUCCUCUUGACGACGCAGCGUCGUAUGGACGGGUUCGAAGACGACCUGCGCGUGCUGAGCCGAAACGUGCUCGCCUAUCGCAACGACCUCGCCGACAAGGUCACGGAAGGUCACCUCGCCAAGCUUCGGUUUCAAAUCUACUCCGAGCUCGCCAAGGUCCAUACGUUCUUGGGGUCGUCUAAGUUUUCGGCGCCACCAAAAACGAGCAUCGAGCACAUGCCCGUGUACGACGACGCCGACAUCAAGGGCACGCUCGACGCGCAGGCCGAAAUGAUUGCCAAGCUCUGCGCCGAAUUAAAAAAGAAAAAGACGAUCGCGAGCGGGAGCUUCGCGACAAGGAAAGCGCGCGGGACCCGGAUCUCGGUCGAGACCGACCGGUUCAACACGCGCCUCGAGAGCAUCACGGAGAAGGUCGCCGAAAUGUUCGUCUCGUUGGAAGUCAACCGGUCCGCGACGCAGCCGCGGCACACAAUUCCCGUCUUCAACCCGGCACAAAUGCUCGACUCGUUCGCGCAGACGAUCGAAGCCAAGCUUGCCGAGACGCAGGACCUCACAAAGAAGGUGCGCGGUCAUACAGGGAACCAAAGCGUCCUGUAA